AUGGCACCUGCUCCGAUCGUCGAGGACGCCGAUAUGGACGUUCCUACCUAUGGCGGCGAGGAAGAUGACGAAGCUCAGAGAAUCAUCAAUGAGGAGUACAAGACAUGGAAGAAGAACGCACCCUUUCUUUACGACAUGAUUCUCAGCACCGCCCUGACUUGGCCUACCCUUACCGUCCAAUGGUUUCCUGAUGUCAAGGAGCCCGAGGGAAGAAACGUGCGAAUUCACAGGGCUCUCAUUGGAACUCACACCUCGGACGACAAGCAGAACUACCUUCAGAUCGCCGAAGUCGAAAUUCCCAAGGAUAUUCGACCCAACCCGCGCGACUACGACGAAGAGCGAGGCGAGAUUGGUGGCCAUGGCAAGGGUGACAAGACCGCCAUGAAGUGGAACAUUGUUCAAAAGAUUGACCAUCCCAGUGAGGUCAACAAGGCUCGCUAUUGCCCGCAAAACCCUGAUCUUAUUGCUACGCUGACCAGCAACGGCAACAUCUUGAUUUUUGACCGGACCAAGCACAGCAACACUCCAAACGGAAAGGUCAACCCUCAGAUCACUCUUGAAGGCCACGACAAGGAGGGUUUCGGUCUCUCAUGGAGCCCCCAUAUCGAGGGUUCCCUCGCAUCCGGCAGCGAAGACCAGACUGUGCGUUUGUGGGACCUGAAGUCGUUGGAGUCUGGCAAAACCACACUGAACGCUUCGCGAGUCUACACGCAUCACACAAAUGUCGUCAAUGACGUGCAAUAUUCACCCAUCUGCCAGAACUUCAUUGGCACUGUUUCGGAUGAUUUGACCCUGCAGAUUCUGGAUACUCGGCAGUCUUCCACAACCCAGGCUGCCCUCGUUGCCAGACACGGUCACACCGAGCCAAUCAACGCCCUGGCCUUUAAUCCCACUAGCGAGUCGUUGGUCGCUACAGCCUCUGGUGACAACACCAUUGGCAUUUGGGAUCUCCGAAACGUCAAGGAGAAGGUACACACUCUUGAGGGCCACCAGGACGCCGUUACUGCCAUUUCUUGGCAUCCUCAUGAGGCUGGCAUUCUUGGAAGUGCGAGUUACGAUCGCAGAAUCAUUUUCUGGGACCUGGCCCGCGUUGGUGAAGAACAGCAACCGGAUGAUCAGGAGGAUGGUGCUCCUGAGCUGUUGUUUAUGCAUGGUGGCCACACCAACCACCUAACUGAUUUCUCGUGGAACCAGAAUGAGCCCUGGCUGAUGGCUUCGGCCGCCGAGGAUAAUAUGCUGCAGAUCUGGAAAGUUGCAGACUCCAUUGUGGGUAAAGAUGAUUCCGAUAUUAAUCUCGACGAGAUGGGUCGAUAG